AUGGAUUCGCACACUAAGAAAAUUCUAGUCCUAGGAGCGACAGGACACUGUGGCCUGGGUGUUGUUGACCGUGCAUGUGCACGUAGAAACAUCGGAGCAGUCACUGCGCUUGUGAGAAAUAAAGAGCGUGCCGAGAAAUUGUUCGCAGACAUUCUGGCAAAAGAUGGGGUACGCGAUAAGCUUACUAUCGUUGAAGG